AAUUCACGUAAAAUGAUAAAUACAGGAGGAUUGGUACAGACUACAGACAGUCUUCAUCUGGCUCUCAAACCAAUCAUAAUUUUUGCACAAUUUUUUGCUGUCUUUCCAGUUGAUGGAAUUGCAUCACCAGACACCUCACAACUCAAAUUUACAUGGAAGAGUUUUAAAAUUUUUUAUUUUUUAGUAUCAAUGUCGAUUGCAUUAUUUUUAACAUGCAGUAGUUUUAUAAGAGUUGUAUCAACUGAAUUCCAUUCAACAAAAAUGACUACUCUUGUUUUUUCUGGUACUUCUUGUUUGACAAGUUUACUAUUUUUACGUCUUGCAAAAAAUUGGCCAAAUUUUUCAGCAGCAUGGGAAAAAGUUGAACGUGAAAUUGCCAUAAGACAUCGUUGUCCAAAAAAAAUGAGCUUAGUUAAAAGAUUCAAAUUAAUAAGUGGAAUUAUUUUGAGUCUUGCAUUUCUUGAACAUGCAUUGUCACUCGUCUCUGGCUAUUUGAGUGCAAAAGAGUGUGCGAUUCUUCGAGGUGACUCUGAUAUUCUUGGUGUUUAUUUUAAAACCCAAUUUCCGCAGGUAUUUAAUAAAACGAGUUACUCAUUGUGGAAAGGUGUUGUUGUACAAAGUAGCAAUGUAUUGAGCACAUUUUCUUGGAAUUUUAUGGAUUUAUUUUUAAUAUUAUUGAGUGCAGCAUUGACAUUUCAUUUUGGCCAAUUGAAUGAUCGUUUAAAUUCCGUAAAAGACAAAACAAUGCCUGAAUGGUGGUGGUGUGAAGCAAGAUGUGAUUAUAAUCGUCUUGCAUGUUUAACACGACGUGUUGAUGCUGAUAUUUCUGGAAUUGUAUUACUUUCAUUUGGUACUAAUUUGUAUUUUAUUUGCAUACAACUUAUGAAUUCAUUUGAUCGAAUGCCAAAUGUUACAAGAACAGUUUAUUUUUGUUUUUCAUUUGGAUUUUUAAUUGCACGAACAGCAACAGUUUCACUAUCAGCAGCUUCGGUACAUGAUGAAUCAUUGCUACCAGCUCCAGUGCUUUACAGUGUCUCAGCAUCAAGUUACUCAACAGAGAUUAUUCGAUUUUUGACACAAGUUACAACUGACAAUAUUGGCUUAACUGGAAUGAAGUUUUUUCAAAUUUCACGAGGUUUAGUUUUAACAGUUGCAGGUACAAUAGUCACUUAUGAACUGGUCAUUGUUCAAUUCAACAGUGUACAACAAGUGAAUCCUUCAAAUUUAAUGAAUGCUUGUGAGGUGAAGUAA